UUAGGUUAUGUGGCAAAAUGUUAAUAUUGUUAUGAAUAUUUAUGAUAUAUGCCAUGUUUUGGUUGAUGAUGAUUUUACAAGUAAUUAUAACUAAUAGUAUAAGAGAAAACUGUGUUUGUCGACUUAUGAUAGAAACAGUAACUAGGCAUAAAUAAACGUUUAUUGCUCUUGAAACUUUUGCUAGCUACAACAAAUCAUCAAAAUGAAUGAUUGUGCUACAGGAGUACUGGUUGAAUUCAACAUGUCAGAUGCCUCAUCUCCAAACUUAUCUCAACUAAGCCUUUCUAAGGAUUCUGGAACGAGUAAAAUAAAAGCAUACAUAGUAGAACAUUGUGCAAACAUGUUACAUACAUAUACUUCGGAGACUGACGAUGAUGACCUGUUUUUUUGUCAUCAAGUGAAAAAGUUGUCUGUAGAACCCACUGGUGGAACAUUGCCUAGAUCACCGUUAUGUGGUAAACUCAUUGACAUUGCUGAUGAACCUAACAGCAGUCCAGAAUGUCCUAGUUAUGAAAAACAAAAGGAUACUUUACAUACCGCAUGUGAAGAACAAGAAAGGAACACUCAGCAUUUUACUUCUUAUAAACCAGACAAGAUUGAAUUACAGAUUCCUUCUGUAUCCUGCAAUCAGUCUGUAUGUAGUAAGGUUUGUUUUAAACCAGAAAACAAACAAAGGAAUUCUGUUAUGGAGACUCACUCAAGUACAGUUAAAAAUAGUUCUUGGAGACUUGUUGGAAAAGAGGAAGAACUUAUAGAAAAUGAAGCAUUUGACUUUAAUAUAUCCAUCACACCUCCAGGACCCCUCAGAAUGGGUCAAGGUGAUGUUUUUCAAGAGUUGAAUAUUGAAAAAAAUCAAAUGAGAAAUUAUAGCAAAGACGAAGGACCUACUGUGAUGUCUGGCUUUGCUAAGCUUUCAGAUAUCUCUGAUAACUGGAAACCAGUUUCAUGUGGAGAAGUAACAAAAAAGGCUUCCAGCCUUGUUUGCCAUUCAUCAAACAAGGAAAAUCAUAAGCUAGGUGUAGAGAGUGAGUCCACUAUGAGUAAUAACAAUAUAAAUUGUAAUUUGUCACCCGAUCUCACCUCAAAACUGUUGAUAUUAACAGGAGAGAGCACUGACAUCCAAAAAAAAUCUAAAACAAUUGCUCUACAAACAGAUGAGACAAACCUGUAUCCAAAGAUGGGGGAGAGUAUGACUUCAACUAGCGAGCUCAAAACAAAAAAUUCAGAGUCCAGUUAUGACAUGUUUACUUCACUUGUGUCAGUGGAAGACAAAGAAAAUUACUCCAGUAUUGCUAAUGAGACCUGGCAGGAAGCAAGUCAGUUCAUAGACUCCACACUGCCAUAUCCUUCUCCAGAAAAAAAUCCAGAUGGAAGUAUUUGCCAGGAUGAUAGGGGAAUCAUAAGAAGAGGAACUUUUACUCUUAAAGAAAGUCCCCUAAUAGCAGAAAAAAACAGAAAAAAAUAUCCAGAAGAAUGGAUUUCUCCUAAUCAGACAGAGCAAAAAUCCAGAUUAAGAAGAGAAACCAUACUGUUGUCAUCACCUUUAGCUAAGAUAAAAUCAACCUCAAAAGGUUCGUCUUUCCAAAACAACUCCCCUGUUCAUAGAAUAGGUAAUAUCAAGUCAACUUUGUGUAGGAAAACAAGAAUGUCUUUAUCCAAUCAGGUUUCAUCAUACAACAAAUGGAAUACUACAUCAUCCUUCAAUAGUUCUCAAGAGCUAAGUCAAAACCAUUCCAUCCUAAAGCCAGAUAAAAUGCCAAAAUCAUCUCAAAACCAUUCUAGGAUAUUGCAAAAGACCGUAAACGACACUCCUGUUAGCAGCUGCACAAACAUUUCAAAACAUAAUUCCAGGUUAUCAAAAGUUUCCAUCACUAACAACAAGUGUGGAACUAUCGUAACAUCGGGUUUGAAGCCUCCUAAUUCUUUAUCAAAAUCCAACAAGUGUGGGUCUUCAACAUCAUCUGUUUCCAGCUCUUCAUCUCUCCCUCGCAGGUCAGGGCUGCCAAAAGCCACUACAUCAAUCAAAAACCUGCCUAUGGGUCAAGUGUCCAACACUAAAAUAAGAGGGGACUCAAACAUCUUAAAAUUACCUGCAACAAAGCCAAUGGUAGUGUCCCGAGAAAAUAAGAUAAUUCAGAAUCCUGCCAAAACUGGUGCAAACAAGACAUUGGAAACAAAAAAAUGUACCCCUUUAAAAGCUACAGCACCACUAACUUUGAUGAUAAAGCCCAGUAGGAACAGAGAUAUUAGAGGCUCCAACCACACAGGUGACAAUCCUCAAAGAGGUACAAGUGUAACUCAACGAUCUAAUAGUUUUGUAAGCAGUGGUCAGCAUACUCCAUCCAGAAAAUCUUUUGACAUUUCCUUGUCAACCCCAACAUUGACUUCAACUCCAAGCACACCAAAACACUUCUUUCGGUCAUCUGUUUUAGGAACACCUUUCAGUAAUGAUAAAGGGAAGGUUGUGAGACGUCGUUCAGGAGUACCUGCACCAUCUUGGCUGCAUCAUCCCAAAACAAUUGACAUAUAAUCCUAAUUACUUUGAGUUGUGGCUCCAAUCUUCUAGAAAGCAAAUUUACUAUAAUAUCACAAAAUUACUUGUAUGGGAAGUGGAAUUAAUUAUCUUGAUAGAAAAUAUAUUUGUUAGAUAAAUGACAUAGUUCUUAAAAAAUCAUUUUAUUCUAAGGUUAAUGUUCUUUGCAGUGAAGAUGUAAUCAGUCAUGUAAUUUUUUAGUUAGAAAAAGUAAACUGCUACAGACCUGUUACAAGUGAAGUUAUAACUUUGACACACAAAAUUGUAAUUUUGAAUAUUUGUGAUAUUCAUUUAUAAAUCUUAGUAAUGUUUCAAAUGAUAAGAAACACCAGUUGUGAAAGUUUUUUAAAGUAUUGUUUGUCAAAGUACUUUUAAUUAGUGAAUAUUUUGUUCUUGUUAAAAUGUUAUAUGCAUCCAUCAAGUUUCCUUGUGUUAUUUGGGCUUGAACAUUAUCUGGACUCUCUCUCUUUUCUUUUUUAAUGGUUUUAGGAAAACGAUACUAUUUAGUAGUUUACUGAUGUUGUGAUAUAUAUCAUUCAAAGAUUUAUAAAUAUUACAGUUUGGACCACCACAAACUUUUCUAGUAACAUGAGAAACUAAAUAAAAUCUGUCAGAUUUAAUAUGUAUCAGAAUAUCACUCAUUAAAUGUUACAAGUUUAAGAUCAAUGCUUAUGGAAAUCUGUUACAGUGUGUUAUUCUGUCUAACAAUUUACAUCUUCAGCAUAUAGAUGUUAUAACAGAUAGAAAGUUAAUAAUUUCUCCAAAAUAUUUGAUUACAGUAUUUAGAAAAUUGUUAAUUAACAGAGUUCCUAUUAUUAUUAUGCAGCAAAAAAAAAGUCUGAUAAAAAUAGUGAAACAACAAUAGGGGAACCACUAACAAAACAAGACAAAGUUCACAACAUGCUUUGGAGAACAUCAUGAGUUUCAAGAAGUAACUGCAUGUAACUUGUAAAUUAAAAGUGUUCAUAUAUCGUACAAAAUAUACUUCAUUACAGUUACUCAUUAUUCUGGUAAUUCAAUAACUAAAUAAUGCAUAUCACAGAAUGCCAGUGGCUAUCUGUAUAAUGUGAGACAAUUUAACAUAGUCUUGAAACUUACAACAUUCUUACAUUAUUUCUUGCUGAAUCAUUCCUGUAGCUGACUUUCUGUUGAACGUGUUCUAAAUGAAACUUCUUAUCGUGUAUAUGUAUUGCUCUUGCAACUUUUAGAUGGAAACAUCACUUUCAGUUCUAAUACUUUUUUGGGAGCAACCCAAGAAUAAACAUUUCUUUACUGCCAUCCAUAUUUCACUACCAAACCAUGUUACUCUAGUUGACACAUGUAUAUGUGUUGCUUGAGUACCUCAUCUAUGCACUUAAUUUCCUUUUUUUUGCUUUGGAAUAUUCUUCUGCUGAACUUCUUGUGAUCUUUAUCUAGAGAUAGUUGAUGACUCUUUCAGACUGCCUCUUAGCUUCCUUAACCUUUUGUUCAGCAGUAGUAAUUAGUUUCUGUGCAGUGGUUUGGAGGGUCAGCUUUCUUUUCUUGACCAUGGCUAGCUGUUCUGGAAAUGUCUUCCUCUUGCUUGCUCAUUCAGUUUCAAGAAUUUCUUUGCUUUUCUUCAGAUGGUGUAUCUUGUAUCUGUUACUUUGUUGUCAAGAUGUGUAGGUCACCGGUAUGUUGGACGUUCUGGUUGGGAUGGCUAUAGACCUCCUUUAAUGCCACCCCUGAUAUGUAGGCUGCAUGACCCAACCUCAAGCAGGUAAGUAUAGUCUGGAUCUUUUCUCUCUCUUCACUUUUAUUUUCAUAAAUUUUCCACUUCACAUUUUAUACAUUGGCUGAAAUCUGAGCAAUUUGCUUGAGAUUAAGAUGAUCUAUACCUUUUUUAAAUUUUUCAUCAAGGUUCAAUGUCCAAGUAUCUAGACACAACUUUGUUACCUUUUAAGCAUCUCGCCAUGAAGUACAUUUGCUCCUUCCAGCAAUUUUGCUCUAUAGUAUGGUGCAAAUUCAAAACAAGUGACUUAAUACAACAUGGUAGACCUACACUUCAUUCAUUGAGCAAUGCUGCUAUCUGGAAACAUGACGUUGAAUAUGUCUCGAACAUCAGCACCUGAACUGUAGGAGUGGUGUGGCAUACUGCAAUUUAGAGCCCAGGAAAUUUCUGUUUUAUGUUGCCAUUUCUUCAAUGCAUAUCUUGUGAUAUGAGAAUCAUUAGCAACUACUGCCAUUUAAGGAACUUGCCCCUCUUCCUUAUACCUAAGAUGGUACUCCUGUUUCCUGGAUUACUGCAGACUGGAAUGUUUUAAAAUGAAAAAGAUUUGUGGCACAAUUUGUAGCAUAUUCUAGUAGGCCCCUGUGGGAGGUCUAUUAGCCAGUUCCUGUGUUGCUCUUUUGCGUCUGUUCUUAAUGUCUAUCGGUAGUGUCUUUCUGUUUUACACUGAAGAAAUGAAUGUAUACACCCACCUGUGUCAAGACUUUCCAACUGGGUUGCAUCACAUAUAGAGUUAAAUCAAUUAGAAAUUAUCCAUUCAUGUAUACAAUUUAAGAACAGGUGAAAAUGUAUUAUAAAACAUAUAUUUCAUUGUAACUCUACAGAAUGUAUAUACAAUACAUUACUUACUGCAUCCACGUGUACAAUGGCAUGUUUGAUGCUACAGAUAGAGAAUACAAGAUGUAUAUACAACACAUUACUUAGUACAACCACAUUUACAGUGACAUAUCUGAUACUAUAGAUAGCGAAUACAGUAUGUAUAGACAAAACAUUACUUAGUACAACGGCAUGUCUGAUGCUACAGAUAGAGAAUACAGGAUGUAUAUACAACACCUUACUUAGUGCAACCACAUGUACAGUGACAUGUAUGAUCCUAUAGAUAGGGAAGACAAGAUGUAUAUACAACAUAUCACUAACUGCAUCCAUGUGUACAGUGUUAUGUCUGAUCCUACAGAUACAUAGUACGGGAUGUAUAUACAACACAUUACUUAGUGCAGCCAUGUGUACAGUGACAUGUAUGAUCCUAUAGAUAGGGAAGACAAGAUGUAUAGACAACAUAUCACUAACUGCAUCCACGUGUACAGUGUUAUGUCUGAUCCAACAGAUACAUAGUACGGGAUGUAUAUACAACACAUAACUUAGUGCAACCACAUGUACAGUGACAUGUAUGAUCCUAUAGAUGGGGAAGACAAGAUGUAUAGACAGCAUAUCACUAACUGCAUCCAUGUGUACAGUGUUAUGUCUGAUCCUACAGAUACAUAGUACAGGAUGUAUAUACAACACAUUACUUAGUGCAACCACGUGUACAGUGACAUGUAUGAUCCUAUAGAUAGUUUUCCAUAAAAUCACUGAUUUAUCCAAAACAUUAUAUUAACUUUACAACAUAACACUACUUGUCAUGUAAUUUUUUAAAAUCUACAGGGUGAUGUUCAUGGGUUGCUGUUACAAAGAUGAUGACGACAACUUGUGACAUAAGUCAUGUAUUUCGAAGGCUAUAUGCACAUUAACUGGAGUACUAAUCUCUUUUAGCCUUGGGUACAUUUAAAACAGCACAUGAAUAACAUUGAAAUAUUGAAUAUAAAUCUUCCUUUAAUAUUUUAAGGAAAUAUAAUUGUUAUUGGACUAUAUAAGGCUAUUAUAGCAUCUGGCAUGUACAAUAAUGACAUUGUGUGGCAUACAGAAUAACUAAUAUCAAACAUGUUAUUUUCAUAACAGUUUGUUUGUAAAACAAGUAUUCUAGGCAAUUUAUUGCAAAAUUUCUUGACAUUUAGAUUUGUUUUAAAUUAUCUGACAAGAGAAAUCUUUAUAAAUAUAUCCUGGUUUUCCAGUGCUAGUGGGUUCCCUGAUUAAUACUACCUUAAAACUAGACAAAACUGUUCUUACACGUGAAUUUAUCUUAUCCAUAGUGAGUCUUAAAAUCAAAUAUCUAUGGAAAUCUAUUUUGUUUAAUAUCUUGCAUUUAUCAGUAUAGUCAGUUGGUUUACAUUUAAUUACUUAUUAUUAGGGGAUAAUUGGAUGUCUUUUAUCUUUUCUUCAGUAACAGUUACAGUGUUGUUAUAGAAGUUUCAUGGUAAUGAAUGUGUUGUAUUUUUAUCAAAGUUAAAUAAAAGUGGAGUGAUGAAGCUCUCUUUCUAUUAAGAUCUUGUUGAUAAAUACAAUAAUGAAUAAAUAAUAACAAAUAUGUAUUUUAUUUUGUUUAUAACUAUUAUCCAUCAGUUGUUGAAGCUACUAACCUUGGUUAUUGUUGCAAAGAGGUUAUUAACCUUCUCCUAUGUUGUUUAAAAAUGUUGUCUGUUGAUCUUUAUCAUUUACAGUUUAGGCUGUUAUGGUGUAAGGUAAUUAAUCCUGGAUAAAGCUAAUGCGGCAAAAAGUUUGGAAUAAAUAU